AUGUCGGAUAUAUCUGAUUUUUCAGACAUUGAUGAUUUUUCAGAAAAUGGAAAACAAAACAAACUUUUUAAAAAGAAAUCCCAAAAAUCAACAACAUCAAAAGAAAGUGAUUCAAACAAAGAUGAUACUUUAGACAAACAAGAUAGCACGAAACUUGUAAGCAGUGUUGAAAAUGAAGAUAAAGGAUUACUUAUGCAAAAAUCAGGAACGAUUGAAUCAGAAAAGAAUUUAAAUUUAAAAAUAGGAUCAACGGAAGAUAAUACAUUAUAUGCAACUAAUUCGAAAUCAUUUCAAAAUUUAGAUAACUCUACAAAGUUAAAAGACCAGCAACGGCGAACUGAUGGUAUGAAUCCACGAGUAGCUGAUUGUGUUAUGUCACCUCCAGAAUUCUUUAUAUCGCAUAUUUAUCAUGAUAACAAAGUUUUUAUGAAAAAAUAUGCUCAUUCAAUGAUAGAAUAUGAAAAUGAGUUUUUUAUUUAUGGUGGAAUAAAUGCUAAGAAUGAAUAUUUAGAUGAAUUCAUAAAAUUUACAUAUGGACCUAAUACAUUUACUUCCAAAAAAUUAACUGAAAAUCCGGGAAAGAGAGCAUAUGCAUCAAUGACAUUAGCAUAUAAUGAUGAGAAUUCCCCAUAUUUAUUAUUAUUUGGUGGAUUAUGUGGGCCAAAUAUAUUAGCAAAAGAUUGUUAUAUGUAUGACAUAGCAAAAGAUACUUGGUCAAAAUAUUCUCUUAAAUUAGACUCUGUUCCAGGAGCAAGAUAUGGCCAUGCUUAUACAUAUUGUCCUAUUACAUAUGCAACAAUAAUUUGGGGAGGCUUAAAUAGAAAUAAUGAGUUACUAAAUAGUGGACAUAAAUUUGUUGGAGGAAAAUGGUCCGAAAUGAAUAAUAAAGGUACAUGUCCAUCCCCUAGAGCAUUUUCAUCUCUUGCUUGGUUAGAUAGAACAACAAAAGAUAAUGUAAAUUAUAGUUUUCUUUAUUUAUUUGGUGGCGAUUUAACAAAUAGAGGUACACCAACAGAUGAAUUAUGGGUAUAUAAUAUCAAUAAUGAAAAUUGGACAUUAAUAAAAAAUUCAUCUGGUGAAAUACCAUGCGCAAGAUGGAAACAUGGCUCUGUUAUGGUUGACAAAAAUAUGUGGAUAUCAGGGGGUUUAUUUUCUGGAUGGUUUUCAAAUUAUACUAUUCCAGACUUAUAUGUAUAUGAUGUUCCUUCUAAUUGUUGGUUUCACUGUCAAAUAGCAUCUAAGCAAAUCCAUAAUUGCUAUGAUUAUGGUACUUUGAAUUUGCAUUCUCAAACAAAAGCCUUUUUUUUAUUUGGCGGAAAAAAUUACAAUAAUGAGCCCAUUUCAAAUGUAUGUAGAUUUGCACCGUUAUGCACAAGUGUAUCAAUUACGAUGAUGAGAAAUGAUAUUAAAAGCUUUAAUAGUUUGAUACUCGAAAUAAAGAAAGAAACUGAAGAGACUGCAAAUAAUGUAUCUGAGAUUCAAGAAAUUAUACAUAUGUAUAGUUUAGAUAUAAAAGAUUUUAAAAUUUUGUUCGAAGCAUUAACACGAAGCAUACAAAUUCUUAAGGAAAAUGUCGAGCGUAUUGAUACCGAAUUAUCUAUUUUAAAAGAAAACAUUGCUACCAAUAAACAAAAUUCAAUUGAAAAUGCGGCUAUAGAAAAUGAAAAUGAAGACCCAGAAAAAAUAGAAAAAACGGAAGAAGCAGAAAAUGCAGAAAAUACAGAAAAUGCAGAAAAUGCAGAAAAUGCAGAAAAUGAAAUAAAAGCUGAGGAAAUAACGUCUGUUCAGUAA